AUGUUCAGGAUCGCAGACGAGGAGGCCAAGAAAAAGGCUCGUCCUUUGAGGGUUAAAAAAUUAUACGUAUUAGCGGCUCGUCUUGUUGAGAACUACCAUGAACAAGGGAAGGCCACGCAGCAGAGCAAGGGCAAGAAAUCUGAGGCCACGUCGGCUCUGGCUGGGUUGCUGGAGGAGGAUGUGUCCAUUUUAGAUUCCCGGAUUGUGGACAACGCCUGGAGAGGAGCAGAAGCUUACCACUUUUUCCUUCUUGCUCAACGACAGCUCUAUGAUGGAUACACAGAGAACGCAAUGAGAACAGCUCUGCAUCUGUGUGAGUAUGAAGAUAUCAUCCCCCCAGUGGAGAUCCACUCCCUCCUGGCCGUCUGUGCCUCUGCAAACCGGGCCUUUGGGACCUGCUCCCAGGCCUUCAUCAAACUGGAGUCUUUGGAGAGUCUGACGGCGGACCAGAGACAGGCCUACGAAGACCUGGCUCUGCAGAUCUUCACCAAACACACCCCCAAAGACAAUCGGCCAAUCAGCACGGAGCACAUGGACAACCUCCUGGAGGAAGCCGAGGGACGCUUUCCCACUUGUAUCGUGACCGGUCUCCCCAUCCAGCUGGCUCCGUGGAUCUGCAGAGUCUGUAAACAUUAUGCCUUAGAUCAAGAGAUAAUCCUGUUGAGUCUGAGCAAAAGUCACUGCAGCGUUUUGGAUUCUGCUACUUCUGAACUGGAGCCAGACCAGGAUCGGGGGCACGCGGAGUGGACUGGACGCACGCGCAGGGGACCAGGCGCACGCGGAGGGGACUGGACGCACGCGGAGUGGACUGAACGCACGCUGAGGAGACCGGACGCACGCGGAGAGGGCUGGACGAACGCGGAGGGGACCGGACAGGGGCACGCGGAGUGGACUGAAGGCACGCUGAUGGGACCGGGCGCACGCGGAGUGGAACGCACGCACGCUGAGGGGAUCGGACGCACGCGGGGAGGGCUGGACGCACGCGGACCUCACAGGCGCACUGAUAAACUCCAGGUCGUCGCUUUUACGCACGGCUCAUUCGUCCACAUUGAGAGGAAUCCUCCUCUCCCUGAUGCCUCCGUCAUGCUGUACGGACAGAUGUACAGAGCCAUGGCCCACAGUAGAGACGACUGCUUCAUCAACAUCAACGUGGGAGGCUUCAAGCAGCGCAUGGACUCACAUAUGUUGAAGAAGUUUCCACAGACUCGCCUCGGACGCCUGUUGUGCUGCAGCUCACAGGAAGCCGUCCUGGAGCUUUGUGACGACUUCAGUCCCUCAGACAUGGAGUACUACUUUGACAGAAACCCCCUGUUUUUCUGUUACGUGUUGAACUUCUAUGUGACGGGGAAACUGCACUUGGUGGACGGUGUAUGUGUGCUGUCUUUCGUUCAGGAGAUUGAGUAUUGGGGCAUUAAAGAGCGACACUUGGACUUCUGCUGCAGCGAUAAGUUUGUGGAGUUAAUGGAGGCGGCGGAGGACAGCGAGGAGAAUGUGGAGAGCUCUGACUCCUCCAGUGCUCAGCUGUCGGUGUCAGAGGACCUCAUGGACUUGUUUGAGGGAUCCUGGUGUGCAGACACUCGGAGAAGUAUCUGGAUUCAUCUGGAGGACCCUGGACACAACACUUUGGCUAAAUCAGUGGCUGUGGUGUCUCUAUGUGCCGUGCUCCUGUCCAUUAUAGCCAUGUGUGUGCACAGCAUGCCUGACUACCACGAGCUGGAUGAGAACGAGCGACAGAUUGAAAACCCAGCGCUCACUGUGAUUGAAAACAUCUGUGUUCUGUUCUUCUCUGCAGAGUUUGUUCUUCGUUUGGCUGUUGCACCUUCAGCCAAACGGUUCCUCUGCAGCCCUCUCAACAUGAUUGACCUGCUGUCUGUCUUGCCCUUCUAUGUGACCAUGGUGUUUGACAUGAUGGAGGAAGAAGACAGCCCUGAGCUGGAGAAUCUUGGAAAAGUCGUCCAAAUCCUCAGACUGAUGCGUGUGUUUCGUAUUCUGAAACUGGCCCGUCACUCCGCAGGACUUCGCUCUCUCGGGGCCACGCUGCAGCACAGCUCUCGGGACGUGGGUCUGCUCGUGCUCUUCCUGUCCGUGGGCAUCUCCAUGUUCUCUGCCCUGGUGUACUUUGUGGAGAAAGAGACGGAGGAGUCCACUCUGCAGACCAUGCCAGUGGGCUGGUGGUGGGCCACUAUCAGCAUGACCACCGUGGGCUACGGAGACACCUUUCCCGUCACUUUCCCGGGGAAGAUUAUUGGAACUUUAUGUAUAGUCUGUGGGCUGCUGAUUGUGGCUCUUCCCAUUACAAACAUCUUCCAGAAGUUUUCCAAAUUUUAUGAAAGUCAAAAGCAGCUUGACCUGAUCCGGCGACGCACAGUUAGAAAUGAACUCAGACCUUUACAAGAAUAG